CUGUUCUACCCCCGCGCCCGCGCACCGUUUUAAAUAAAAACAUUGGAUAAUUUACGGACACAACCAUGCUGAAUCUUUCUCUGGUGCUGCGGGUGCAGACCUCCAGGCAUCUGGCGACUGCAGCCACAGCCACGGUAGCAGUGAAAAUAAAGCCGAGGGUAGAGAAGGCGCGGGAUAAACCAAAGCCGCUAAUCACAUGUGGUCGGACGCAGUUCAAUCUGAUGCAACACGAGCGGGCGGAUGCGAAGUUCGGGACAUUGGCCCUAGCGUCCAAGGGAUGGCUGCACAAUAAGUCGAAGGGCGACCACUUCACCCUGAACGCCAGCGUCAGUGGGGAGCAGCUGCAGCAGGAGAUGCAGAGCACGACGGGCAUCCUAGACAGUGGCCAACUGGCGCUCCACCCGAAGCUACUAGAAAACCUGCAGAAUGAACUCGGCAUCAAGAUGCUUACGGGAAUACAGGUCAAGGGCUUGCCAAUUGUCCACGGCAACUCCCAUGCCCUGAUUGCUGCCGAAACGGGGUGCGGCAAAACACUGACAUACAUGCUGCCCAUCCUGGACAGACUGCUGAAGCGGGAGAUCACAGAGCGAAGCUUCAACACGCCGCGAGCCUUGAUACUGACGCCGGGCCGCGAGCUGGCCACGCAGAUUGCCCAGGUGGCCGAGAACCUCUGCCAGGGCACAGAUCUCAAGGUGAAGGCUCUGCUGGGCGGCAGCACCAAGCAACUGAUGAUGAACCCGGAAUUCCAAGAGGUUGAUGUUUUGGUGGCGACGCUGGGUGCUCUCAGCAAGCUGGUGACAACGGGCAUCUACCGCAUGGAGCAGGUGCGCCAUGUGGUACUGGACGAGGCAGACACACUGCUGGACGACAGCUUCACUGACAAACUAACGUACUUUCUUAGGAGAUUCCCCUUCCACAUGGUCCAAAGGCAGGAUGCCCGGACAUUGGGCACUCAGCUUGUCCUGGCCUCGGCCACAAUGCCAACAAACAUUCGCGAGAUUCUGGAGCGCGUCAUCGACGUGGACACCAUUCAGGAGGUAGUAAGUCCGCAUCUGCACCACCUGAUGCCGCAUGUCACGCAGAAAUUCCUGCGCAUGCCAAAGGCGGAUCGGCCGGGCCAUCUGCUGACCCUAGUAAAGCAGGAUCUGGCCAAACGUCGCCCCAUCAUCGUGUUUAGCAACAAAUCGGCCACCAGCGACUAUGUGUCCAUCUUCCUGAAUAACAGCGGCGUAAACUGCCUCAAUCUGAACGGCGACAUGCUCAUGAAGAUCCGCCUGGGCCGCUUCGAGCAGUUUCAAAGCGGCCACUGCGACGUGCUCUCCACCACAGACGUGGGCAGUCGUGGUCUGGACACCACGAGGGCGCGUCAUGUCGUGAACUUUGACUUUCCCCUGCACGUCUCCGACUACAUCCAUCGCUGUGGCCGCAUCGGGCGAGUGGGAAACACGGACAAGUCGCUGGUCUCCAACUUCGUCUCCUCCCGCCGCGAGAUCGAUGUUGUCCAGAGAAUAGAGCAUGCGGCCCGCACCGGUGGACUGCUGCCGGAUGUCAAUGCCAACAUUGCGAAUAUCAUCAAGAAACGAUUAAUGGCCGAAAUGAAGGCGGCGGGCAUGUCGCUGCCACCCCAGGCCCAAGAAGAGCCCUUUUAGUUUUAUCUGUUUUGUUGAGAAUAAAAUGUGUUUUUAAACGCCAA